AUUGUUAGCAAGGUGUUCCGUCCAUAGUUUCCACAGGAAGCUGAGGAAGAUCCAUCCCAUGCCUGCCCUCUAGGGAGCUGUAAUCUCAUGGAGAUGAGUCCAGUCCUCUUCCUAAGAGGCAAAGCUGAUGGCUGAGAAGAAAGCCAAGGUCAUUGCAGUAAUGAAUGCUGUGGAAGAAAACCAGGCCUCUGGAGAGCCUCAGAAGGUAGAGGAGGCUAGCCCUCCUGCUGUGCAGCAGCCCACCGACCCUGCGUCCCCUACUGUGGCCACCACCCCUGAGCCAGUGGGGGCUGAUGCUGGGGACAAGAAUGCCACCAAAGCAGCUGACGAUGAGCCUGAGUAUGAGGACGGCCGUGGCUUUGGCAUCGGAGAGCUGGUGUGGGGGAAACUCCGGGGCUUCUCCUGGUGGCCAGGCCGGAUCGUGUCUUGGUGGAUGACAGGCCGGAGCCGAGCCGCUGAAGGCACUCGCUGGGUCAUGUGGUUCGGAGAUGGCAAGUUCUCAGUGGUGUGUGUCGAGAAGCUCAUGCCAUUGAGCUCCUUCUGCAGCGCGUUCCACCAGGCCACCUACAACAAGCAGCCCAUGUACCGCAAAGCCAUCUACGAAGUCCUCCAGGUGGCCAGCAGCCGUGCCGGGAAGCUGUUUCCAGCCUGCCAUGACAGUGACGAAAGUGACACUGGGAAGGCCGUGGAGGUGCAGAACAAGCAGAUGAUCGAAUGGGCCCUUGGGGGCUUCCAGCCCUCUGGUCCCAAGGGCCUAGAGCCGCCAGAAGAGGAGAAGAAUCCAUACAAGGAAGUCUACACGGACAUGUGGGUUGAGCCCGAGGCGGCUGCGUAUGCCCCGCCCCCACCAGCCAAGAAACCCAGAAAGAGCACAGCAGAAAAGCCUAAGGUCAAGGAGAUCAUUGACGAACGCACAAGAGAGCGGCUGGUGUACGAGGUGCGGCAGAAGUGUCGGAACAUCGAGGACAUUUGUAUCUCAUGUGGAAGCCUCAAUGUCACCCUGGAGCACCCACUCUUCAUUGGUGGAAUGUGCCAGAACUGUAAGAACUGCUUCUUGGAGUGCGCCUACCAGUAUGACGAUGACGGGUACCAGUCCUACUGCACCAUCUGCUGUGGGGGGCGUGAAGUGCUCAUGUGUGGGAACAAUAACUGCUGCAGGUGCUUUUGUGUCGAGUGUGUGGAUCUUUUGGUGGGGCCAGGAGCUGCCCAAGCGGCCAUUAAGGAAGACCCCUGGAACUGCUAUAUGUGUGGGCACAAGGGCACCUAUGGACUGCUGCGGAGACGGGAAGACUGGCCCUCCAGGCUCCAGAUGUUCUUUGCCAAUAACCACGACCAGGAAUUUGAUCCCCCAAAGGUUUACCCACCAGUUCCGGCUGAGAAGAGGAAGCCUAUCCGGGUGCUAUCUCUCUUUGAUGGAAUUGCUACAGGGCUCCUGGUGCUAAAGGACCUGGGCAUCCAAGUGGACCGCUACAUUGCUUCAGAGGUGUGUGAGGACUCCAUCACUGUGGGCAUGGUGCGGCACCAAGGAAAGAUCAUGUACGUCGGGGACGUCCGCAGCGUCACACAGAAGCAUAUCCAGGAGUGGGGCCCAUUCGAUCUGGUGAUUGGGGGCAGUCCCUGCAAUGACCUCUCCAUCGUCAACCCUGCCCGAAAGGGACUUUAUGAGGGUACCGGCCGGCUCUUCUUUGAGUUCUACCGCCUCCUCCAUGAUGCACGGCCCAAGGAGGGAGAUGACCGCCCCUUCUUCUGGCUCUUUGAGAACGUGGUGGCCAUGGGCGUGAGCGACAAGAGGGACAUCUCACGAUUUCUUGAGUCCAACCCCGUGAUGAUUGACGCCAAAGAAGUGUCCGCUGCACACAGGGCCCGUUACUUCUGGGGUAACCUUCCUGGCAUGAACAGGCCAUUGGCAUCCACUGUGAAUGAUAAGCUGGAGCUGCAAGAGUGUCUGGAACACGGCAGAAUAGCCAAGUUCAGCAAAGUGAGGACCAUUACCACCAGGUCAAACUCUAUAAAGCAGGGCAAAGACCAGCAUUUCCCCGUCUUCAUGAAUGAGAAGGAAGACAUCCUCUGGUGCACUGAAAUGGAAAGGGUGUUCGGCUUCCCUGUCCACUACACAGACGUCUCCAACAUGAGCCGCUUGGCGAGGCAGAGACUGCUGGGCCGGUCGUGGAGCGUGCCAGUCAUCCGCCAUCUCUUCGCUCCGCUGAAGGAAUAUUUUGCUUGUGUGUAAGGGACGUGGGGGCAAACUGAAGUAGUGAUGAUGAUGAUGAUAACAAAGUUAAAACAAACAAACAAAAAAAAACAAAACACAAAACACCAAGAACAGAGGACGGAGAGAAGUGUAUCAGCACCCAGAAGAGAAAAAGGAAUUUCCAACAAACACAGAGGAGGAAAUGCCGGAGGGCUUGGCCUUGCAAAAGGGUUGGACAUCAUCUCCUGAGUUUUCAAUGUUAAUCUUCAGUCCUAUUUAAAAAGCAAAAUAGGCCCCUCCCCUUCUUCCCCUCCUUUUCCGAGGAGGCGAACCUUUUGUUUCUACUCUUUUCAGAGGGGUUUUCUGUUUGUUUGGGUUUUUGUUUCUUGCUGUGACUUAAACAAGAGGGUUAUUAUUACAGCAAAAUCAGUAACAACAGAAAGUAGUGAUACCUUGGACAGGAAAGGGAGAGGGAAAAUUCUAUAAAAAUUUAUAUAUUGUUUUUUUUUUUUUUUCUAUAUAUAUAUCUCUUUGGUUGUCUCUAGCCUGAUCAGAUAGGAGCACAAACAGGAACAGAAUAGAGACCCUCGGGAGGGAGGCAGAGUCCCCUCCCAGCCCCUGAGCAGUCUCAAGAGCACCAUUCCUGGUCACGCCGAACAGAACCCAACUAGCAGCAGGGCGCUGAGAACACACCAGACACUUUUCUACAGUAUUUCAGGUGCCUACCAUACAGGAAACCUUGAAGAAAACCAGUUUCUAGAAGCCGCUGUUACCUCUUGUUUACAGUUUAUAUAUAUAUGAUAGAUAUGAGAUAUAUAUAUAAAAGGUACUGUUAACUACUGUACAACCUGACUUCAUAAUGGUGCUUUCACAACAGCGAGAUGAGCGAGAACAUCAUCUUCCACCUGGCCUUCUGUGCAAGGGGUUUCAGCCCAGGAUUGGGGGGGGGGUGCAGCUGGAGGGCUCGCCUCUGAGAGAGGGGGUGUCAUUUUCCCUCUUGGUUGUUAACAACCCAGAGGAGGAACCGUAUCCCCCCUGACCCAUGCCCAGCUUCUCCCUGCCCGAAAGGGGGUCAAGCGGAGGUGGUCGGUACCUGGGAAAGCUGAGUGUGGAAUGUCUCCAGACUCGUGCAAUAAUAACCCUUGAAUAUCAUCUACUAUGACUGCCUUGGUAAGGUAGCAUGAGAAAAACUUUCCCCCGAUUUUGAAUUUGUCAGCCACAUUGAAGGCUCCUCAUGGGAUCAGAAAUAAUCCAGAGUGAGGGAAAGCGAUCUGCCAUGAACCCCACCUGGAGCAAAUAAAAAAACAUACAAAAUGUACUGGUGCUUUUUGUCUAAGUUGCCUUUUGUGUGUUCUUUUAUGAGCCCCCUCCAUCCCCCACCAUCCCCUCUGCACAAAGGCAGCUCUGGUCCUGGAAUGGGAUGUUUUUGCUCAUCUCUACAGACUGCAGUUUCAUACUUGGAAGGCUGAUGACACCUUUAUUAUUAUAAUUAUUCUUAUGGUUCUGGUUAUAA